AUGCGACUGUCGUCAGAUUCCAUACUGCGAGCCUCCCUCGUGGCGGCGGCGUGGCUCGCUUCCACCGUCCGCGCGAUUCCAAAGGUCGUAGACCGCGACGAUCCGCCACCGAAUCCUCCGGGACUAUCGCUCCAGUCCCCGAUUGCGACGGCCGAGCAGGUCGAGAUCACGGGGCCCAACCCGACGACGACGACGACGACGACGACGACGACAGCGUCGCCGCCGCUGCCGCAGCAGCAACAGCAGCAGCAAGACAAACCGCCGAUCCCCAUCACGGUCCAGCUGUUCGAGAGCUCCCCGGGCGUCAAGACGUGCCGCGGAUCGGCGUUCGUCAAGAUGGUGCUUCCGGCGGACGCGUCGAAGGAGCCCGCGUUCACGAGCAAGGACGGGCAGUGCUACGACCUGACCGAGACGGCGCAGUGCGGGAUAUUCGCUGGCAACAAGGCGGACGGGUGCGAGGCGAAGCUGUUCCGCGGGUCACGGUGCACCGAGUUUGCGAACUUGGCCGUGUUCCAGGAGGAGCUGCGGCCGGUGGGAGGCUUCUUCACGAGCAUCAGCAUCAAGUGCGGCAUCGCGCCCGUGGAGCCCAAGCCGCUGAGCCUGGGGAACCUCGGCGGGAAGUUGCAGAAGCCGCCAGGCAAAGGGUCGACGGCGGCGGCCAGGGCAGUGGACGCAGCGAUGAGGGCUGCGUAA